ACGUAGCGCGUGCGCAGGAGCUCAGCGCAGAGGCCUGCCGGAAGCUAAGAUGGCGUGUGUGUGUUGUCCAGGCCGCAGUUGGCGCCUUAUCAGUAUCUAAGCCGUGUGUUUUGUGAGGGGCUGUGGCAAAGGCCCGUUCUCCCGCUAUGGCCCGGCAUCGGAAUGUUCGAGGCUAUAACUACGAUGAAGAUUUUGAAGAUGAUGAUCUCUAUGGCCAGUCUGUAGAGGAUGAUUAUUGUAUUUCUCCAUCAACAGCUGCUCAGUUUAUUUACUCGCGACGUGACAAACCUUCACUUGUUGAGCCUGUAGAAGAAUAUGAUUACGAAGAUCUGAAAGAGUCCUCCAAUUCUUUUUUGAACCAUCAGCUAAGUGGAAUUGAUCAAGCUCGUCUUUAUUCAUGCCUUGAUCACAUGAGAGAGGCACUUGGAGAUGCCGUGCCAGAUGACAUAUUGGUCGAAGCAGUUCUGAAGAACAAGUUUGAUGUGCAGAAGGCCUUGUCACUGGUUCUGGAGCAAGAUAAAAUGCAGAAUUUGAAGGUCAAGAGUGAGGGAGCAGCAUCCACAGGGAAGACUGCAAAAGGAAAAUCAGUAGAUUCCCAGUCAUCUCACAGUGAAUCUGAAAUUGUGCCAAAAGUUGCUAAAAUGACCGUGUCCGGAAAGAAGCAAACUAUGGGAUUUGAAGUGCCUGGAGUAACUGAAGAAAAUGGUCAUAGUUUCCACACGCCUCAAAAAGGCCAUCUUAGUGAAGAAACCGGCAUUGCUCCUUCUGAUGUUCUUGACACUGUUUCUAAAUCAGUUCUUCCAUCCCACACCACUCAAACAUCAGAAGAGCAGAGUUCAGCACCAACACCAGUGAAAAAGUCCGGCAAGCUGAGGCAGCAAAUAGACGUGAAAGCGGAACUGGAGAAGCGGCAAGGAGGGAAGCAGCUCCUCAACUUGGUAGUCAUUGGUCAUGUUGAUGCUGGGAAAAGUACUCUGAUGGGCCAUAUGCUUUAUCUUCUGGGUAAUGUAAACAAAAGAACUAUGCAUAAGUAUGAACAGGAGUCUAAAAAGGCUGGCAAAGCUUCGUUUGCAUAUGCAUGGGUCUUGGAUGAGACUGGCGAAGAAAGGGAAAGGGGAGUAACAAUGGAUGUUGGUAUGACAAAGUUUGAGACCACAACCAAAGUUAUUACACUAAUGGAUGCUCCAGGCCAUAAGGAUUUCAUUCCAAAUAUGAUUACAGGAGCAGCCCAGGCGGAUGUAGCCAUUUUAGUUGUAGACGCCAGCAGGGGAGAGUUUGAAGCUGGAUUUGAGACGGGGGGACAGACACGAGAACAUGGCCUCUUGGUUCGUUCUCUUGGAGUAACUCAGCUUGCGGUUGCAGUCAAUAAAAUGGAUCAGGUUAAUUGGCAACAAGAAAGGUUUCAAGAGAUUACUGGAAAACUUGGGCACUUUCUUAAACAAGCAGGUUUUAAGGAGAGUGAUGUAGCUUUCAUCCCUACAAGUGGUCUCAGUGGUGAAAAUCUAAUCACAAGAUCUCAAUCAAGUGAACUCACAAAAUGGUAUAAAGGACUAUGUUUAUUAGAACAAAUUGAUUCCUUCAAGCCGCCUCAGAGAUCUGUGGAUAAGCCUUUUAGAUUAUGUGUAUCUGAUGUUUUCAAAGAUCAAGGAUCUGGAUUUUGUGUAACUGGUAAGAUUGAAGCUGGCUAUAUCCAGACCGGUGACCGACUACUAGCAAUGCCUCCUAAUGAAACUUGUACUGCAAAAGGAAUCACUCUGCAUGAUGAACCUGUUGAUUGGGCGGCGGCAGGUGAUCAUGUUAGUCUUACGCUGGUUGGCAUGGAUAUCAUCAAGAUCAAUGUUGGCUGCAUAUUCUGUGGCCCCAAAGAACCCAUUAAAGCUUGCACUCGUUUCAGAGCUCGGAUCCUCAUCUUUAAUAUUGAAAUUCCUAUCACUAAAGGAUUUCCUGUGCUGUUACACUACCAGACUGUCAGUGAGCCUGCCGUUAUUAAACGAUUGAUUAGUGUCUUAAACAAAAGCACGGGUGAAGUCACAAAGAAGAAGCCAAAAUUGUUGACCAAAGGCCAGAACGCCUUGGUGGAGCUGCAGACGCAACGGCCGGUGGCGCUGGAGCUGUACAAAGACUUUAAGGAGCUGGGGAGGUUCAUGCUGCGCUACGGCGGCUCCACCAUCGCCGCGGGCGUGGUCACCGAGAUAAAAGAAUGAUGGGUCAGAAUUUCUACCAUGUUUCCAAAUGCAGUGAAAUAGCUAACCUCUGUUUUAAAGAAUCCAGUUGUUCAGUUAAAGGAACAAUGUGCAAUUGAUAUUUUUUUAAAUGAGAGAGAAACUUAAAAUGAUAUAAUCAACUACAAAGAAGUAUUAAUCAGCACUCCUGCGAAAAUUUCAAGUUGCCAAAUGGCAAAGAAAGGCUAAUAUUGCACUUUCAUUUAAGAAAACACCUUUCCUUUGGAAUGUUAGUGAAUGGAUUUACUUUGCUGAGGUUUAUGGAAACUAUCAGAAACAUGUAUUAGAAGACGUUCAGUCAUCAUGAAAUGAACUCUACUUCCAGCCAAACCACAAAAUGUUUACAGUGUUCUCUUUUGAUUUUCAACUCUCCUGCGCACAUUUUGAUGGAAAAUAAACUAAAUUGGUUGUUGAGGUAGUUAAUAUUUGACCUGAGCAAUUUUUUUUUUUAAUUAACUCUAAGAAAAGAUUUGCUGAAAGUUAUAAAAGAGGUAUUUUGUGUUGAGCAUAAGAAUGUUCUUCCUCCAACAAUGAACUUUUGAAAGCUUAGUUUGGAAUUAGUGGAACUGUCCCUGUAGGUAACCAAGAGAUUAUUUAAGGUGUAAAGCCAGCUAAUAAAUUGCCUUAGUUUGAGCAUAA